AUGUUCAAGACCUUGAUACCAAAGGCCACCUCGAGGUCGCUGCUCCGACCCGUCGGCCAAGCCAGCAGCACCUUUCGCCCCUCCACGUUCUACCUCGUCGACCGGGCGCGGAGAGGAUAUGCUACAGAAGCAGAGGAGAAGGACCUAGUAAUCAUAGGCGGAGGCGUCGCCGGAUAUGUCGCAGCUAUCAAAGCAGGCCAAGCAGGCCUAAAGGUUGCUUGCAUAGAGAAGCGCGGCGCGCUCGGCGGCACAUGUCUCAACGUCGGCUGCAUUCCCUCCAAGUCCCUCCUGAACAACUCGCACCUCUACCACACCAUCCUACACGACACGAAGAACCGGGGUAUAGAAGUCGGAGAUGUCAAGCUCAACCUGGAGCAGAUGAUGAAGGCGAAGGAAACCUCUGUCAGCGGCCUCACGAAGGGUAUCGAGUUUCUCUUCAAGAAGAACAACGUCGAGUAUAUCAGGGGCACCGGCGCUUUCGCGGACGAGCACACAGUUGCUGUCAACCUCAUUGAUGGCGGCGAGACCAGCGUGCGCGGCAAGAACAUCAUCAUCGCCACUGGUAGCGAGGCGACACCGUUUCCAGGCUUGUCUAUCGACGAAAAGAGGGUCGUCACUAGCACAGGCGCUAUUGCACUCAAGGAGGUGCCGAAGAAGAUGGUUGUCAUUGGAGGCGGCAUCAUUGGUCUAGAAAUGGGCUCAGUAUGGUCUCGACUAGGCGCUGAGGUCACUGUCGUCGAGUUCUUGGGGCAGAUUGGUGGACCUGGUAUGGACGCUGAGAUCUCAAAGAUGACGCAAAAGAUUCUCCAAAAGCAAGGCAUGAAGUUUAAGCUCAAUACGAAGGUCACCAAGGGCGACGACAGCGGUGACACCAUCAAAAUCAGUGUUGAGGCUGCAAAGGGCGGCAAGGAGGAGACCCUCGAUGCAGACGUCGUCCUCGUAGCAAUCGGCCGCCGACCCUACACCGCCGGUCUAGGUGUCGAGAACAUCGGCAUCGAGACCGACGAGCGAGGCCGCCUUGUCAUCGAUCAAGAGUACCGCACCAAGCUCCCGCACAUCCGAGUGAUCGGCGACUGCACAUUCGGCCCCAUGCUAGCCCACAAGGCAGAAGAAGAGGCCGUCGCAGCAGUCGAGUUCAUCACCAAGAACUACGGUCACGUGAACUACAACGCUAUCCCCUCGGUCAUGUACACGCACCCCGAAGUCGCCUGGGUCGGCCAGACCGAGGCGGAAGUGAAGAAUUCGGGCGUCAAGUAUAAUGUUGGCAGCUUCCCGUUUUCUGCUAACUCGAGAGCUAAGACGAACCUGGAUACUGAUGGCAUUGUUAAGUUCAUUGCGGAUGCCGAGACGGAUAGGAUAUUGGGUAUUCACAUCGUCGGACCCAAUGCUGGUGAGAUGAUUGCGGAGGGCACGCUGGCACUCGAGUAUGGCGCGAGCUCGGAAGAUGUUGCGAGGACGAGUCAUGCUCAUCCCACUCUAGCGUAA